AUGGACCGGUUAAGCAGAAUGCUCGCCGCCGCGCAGGGCAUGGGCGGCAUGGGCGGUGGCCCCGCACAAGACACGCACCUGAUCGACAACUCGGAAACCGUCUACAUCUCGUCGCUCGCCCUGUUGAAGAUGCUGCGCCACGGGCGGGCCGGCGUGCCCAUGGAGGUCAUGGGCUUGAUGCUGGGCGAGUUUGUCGACGACUACACAGUGCGCGUCGUCGACGUCUUUGCCAUGCCGCAGUCGGGCACCGGUGUCUCGGUCGAGGCCGUCGACCCCGUCUUCCAGACCAAGAUGAUGGACAUGCUGCGCCAGACAGGACGCCAGGAAACCGUCGUCGGCUGGUACCACUCACAUCCUGGCUUCGGCUGCUGGCUCUCCUCGGUCGACAUCAACACACAGCAGUCGUUCGAGCAGCUCACACCGCGCGCCGUCGCCGUCGUCGUCGACCCCAUCCAGUCGGUCAAGGGCAAGGUCGUCAUCGACGCCUUCCGCCUCAUCAACCCCCAGACCCUCAUGAUGGGCCACGAGCCGCGCCAGACCACGUCCAACGUCGGCCACCUCAACAAGCCCUCCAUCCAGGCCCUCAUCCACGGCCUCAACCGCCACUACUACUCCAUCGGCAUCGACUACCGCAAAUCGGCCCUCGAGGAGAACAUGCUUAUGAACCUGCACAAGCACGUCUGGACAGAGGCUUUGUUGAUGGACGACUUCAAGGGCGAGGCCGACCGGAAUCAGGACCGUCUGCAGAAGCUCGUCACCCUCGCCGAGGGCUACGAGCAGCGCGUCAAGGAGGAGACGGAGCUGUCCAAGGACCAGCUGAAGACGCGCUAUGUUGGAAAGGUGGACCCCAAGAAGCACAUAUCCGACGUCGGCCAGCAGCUCAUCGAGGACAACAUCGUAUCCGUAUCGCGACAGAUGAUCGACAAGGAGGCGUCCGUGCCCAAGUCGAACGCAAGACAGAAUGGGCGCGCGUGCCAGGAAGAGGCAGACGAGAUGGAAGAGUAG